CCAGCCUUUGGUGUUUAUAGCGAAGCCAUGUCUACUCGAUAUCUUCUCCAGAGUCUUCUUCCUUUCGUGCAGCAGCUCUUUCAGAAUUCUAUUCACAGUCAUUCUUUGAAUUUUCACUUCACUAAAGGAGGAAUUCCCACUGGCCAUUUCCUGAUAUAACUUUUCUUGGUGCUCGACACAUUCCUUCAACACAAAAUGGCUUCAUCAACAGACAAGAGCCAGCCUCAGCCCUCCAUGGUCGACCAGAACGAUGUCAACGACUGGGUCAAUCGAUUCAACGCCACUUUGGCGGACUCGACCUUGGUUACUGCGCCAUCGGCCCCCGACGCUCGGCCGUGGGCCGAGUCUUUCUUUGGCUGCUUCAUGCCUAUUGACACAUGUCUGAUAACCUGCUGCGUGCCUUGCAUCACCUUCGGCAAGACACACCAUCGUGUACGCAAGCACGGGGACAUGGAAUCCUACAACUGCGUCAACGCUUCGUGUCUAUUGUUCACCGGAUUCUCAUGCUUUGGUCUCCACUUCAUACCCACAUUGUUCCAACGAGUCGACGUUCGCAACAAGUACAACUUGCAGGGAGACUUCCUGAGCGAUCUGUUCACGUCGUGUUGCUGUGCCUGUUGCUCCAUCAUUCAGCAGGAUAAGGAGGCCGAGGUACGUGAGAGAGAGAUUGCCGAGAAGGCUGCUGCUGGAUAUGCCAAACCUCAAGGAAUGUCGUAUCAGGCUCGGGGAUGAGAUUCUUCGUUGACAAGAGCGACGAGACUUUUGUUUCUUUCUUGAUUUGUCAGAUGAUCGAACAUUUCAUCGGAGGGCUAUGACUGUUGGUGGGCAGGUCGGCUUGAAGAUAUUGGCAGAAACAGGAUGUAAAUAUAGCUGUACUUGACAUGAAUUGUGACAACACCACCUCCCCCUCCGCCACGUCACCAUGAUGUUUGUAGUCGGUGAGGUCGUGUAUAGGUCGACCACGAAAA